AUGGGUGGUGUUGACAAGAGUGACCAAAUUCUUUCAUAUUACCCCUGUGCAAGAAAUGGACAGAAAAUAUACUACAAAAAGGUGUUCCGUCAUCUGCUAGACAUGGCCAUCUACAAUGCGUUCAUUAUCUACCAGAAGAGUGGCAACACCACCACACAUCUUGAGUUCAGGCUCAAGUUAGUGGAGGGCCUCAUUCAACUGAACUGUGACCCCCAGAGUCGACCCAAGAAAGGGAGGCUCUCUGACAACACUCUCUCGCGACUGACUGAGCGACACUUCCCAGACUACCUACCUCCAACUGAGAAGAAAGAGAGCCCAACAAGAAGAUGCGUUGUCUGCACAAGAAAAAAAAGCUCGCAAGGAAACAAGGACGUGGUGCCCAGACUGUGGUGUCGCCCUGUGUGCGAUACAGUGUUUUCGCACAUAUCACACAAAGGCAAACUUUUGAACGGGAUGUCCUGGGACUGA